AUAUAUAACUGUGAGAUCAAAACAAGGGUAUAAGAUCCGCCACCAAAAUGCAGCAGUUCUUAUUGAUUUCAAGUGUAUUGUUACUCAUAUUUAGUUCGAUUUCCUCAGUUUCAGGGGGAAAUGUAUUUUGUUAUUUCGCAAGCUGGACCUUCUAUAGAACGGGAAAAGGAAAGUUCGAUGUGAAUAACAUAGAUCCUUCUUUAUGUACUCAUAUCAGUUUCACGUUUGUUGGACUUGGAGAUGAUGGAACAGUUAAAAUUUUGGAUCCUUGGGAAUCGAACCAAGAAUAUGGUCCCAAGGGCUUCGAACACUUAAUAGGUCUAAAGCAACAAAAUCCCGAUUUGAAGGUUUUAGUCAGUAUGGGAGGUUGGAAUGAAGGAUCUGGAAAAUAUUCACAACUGGCAAAAAACCCAACUCUGAGAAAAAGCUUUGCGUCAAAUGUACUUCAGUUCCUCAAAACGUGGAAAUUCGAUGGUUUUGAAUUGGACUGGGCUUAUCCUGGGUUCAGAGAUGGGUCAAAUCCAGCUAUCGAUAAGGAAAACUUCGUAGCAUUAAUGUCCGAUCUGAGAGAUGCCCUGGCUCCCCAGGGUUACAGCUUGUCUGCUGCAGUUACAGGCCAAAUUAAUACAAUCAAAAUUGCAUACGACAUUCCAGCGCUCUCCAAAAUCUUGGAUCAUAUCAACGUUAUGGCUUAUGAUUUCCACGGAAGUUAUGAUCCAUACUUAGGACACCCCGCACCCCUAUACCCAUCCACCUUAGAUAAUCAGAAUGGUGCGAAUAGUACUUCAACUGUGUCCGCUGGAAUCGAAUACUGGUUGGACAAUGGAGCUGAUCCAUCAAAACUCAACUUAGGAGUACUCACUUAUGGGCAGAGUUAUACAUUAGCAGAUGAAACCAAGACUAACCCUUACGAUCCUGCUCGAGGAGCAGGCAUUGCAGGACCCUACACUCAACAGGAAGGUCUCCUAGGAUAUAAUGAGAUUUGUGAAUUUCACUCAGACUGGACAUACGUUUGGGAUGACGAACAGAAAGUCCCACACAAAAUUGGUGGAAACCAAUGGGUAGGUUACGAAGAUGUUACAUCCUUGAAACACAAAGUAGAUUAUGCAAUAUCCAAAAAAUUAGGAGGAAUGAUGGUUUGGUCUUUCGAUACUGAUGAUUUUCUAGGAUUGUGUGGAGACAAAUAUCCUCUAUUGAAAGCUGUGCAGAAUGUCAGAUAAUAUGGAAAUACAAUCGUUACUAUCUUUUAAAAUAUAAAUAGUGAAUUUUCUA